AUGCCUCAGAUCUGUCGAGGAACCCGCAAUGAUCCUCGAGCAUCUCGCGCUUGCCGCCAGUGCAAGCGGGCCAAGAACCGCUGCCUUCCGAGCUCGACCUCGACAUCGACUGUCGACGCUGCGUGUCAACGCUGGCCAGACCGUCGCAGGAAUCGGAACGACACGCUCGCCCAGGUCACCGCGCUGCAGGACCGCGUCAAGGACCUCGAGACCCGCCUUGCUCAAGCCCAAGGUCAACCCGUCCCGACCGCCGACUCGUCGCCUUUCCUCGAGGACUCGAAGCACGCCAACCUGCUCGUCGACCGCAUCUCGACUCUCGAGCUCGAGGACGACCCUCUCGCACCUCACGGCGAGCUGCGGCCCGACGCCAACGGCGCCUUGCGCUGGCAUACCGAGACGGCGCUCUACAAGGACGAUGUUGUCGACGGUACCGACGCAGCGCGACUCGGGCGUGCGGCGUUUCUGCCGGUGCCGCUCUCGAACGAGCUGCACGCCGAGCUCAUUCACCUCGCGUUCAAAUGGCACCUGGACGUCGUGCGCUUUGUCGAGCAGGACGACAUGACGUUUGACGGCAAGCGCUCGCACGCCUACUCGCCCUUUGUUCACCUGGCCGUCCUCGCUGUCGGUUCACGGUACAUGCACGAUCCGCCUCCCGAGAUUUGCGCCAACCCGGCCGACCCUUCUACUCGCGGCCACCCCUUUCACCGAGCAGCGCUCGAGCUCCUCACGAGCGAGAUCGCGGCGCCCGACUUCAGCACCAUUCGCGGCCUCAUGAUCAUCGCCAAUUUCCUCGGCGGCAUCGGCCAGCCUCGAGCGGGAUGGCUCUACAGCGGUGUCGCUCACGGGCUCUGCCUCGACUUCGGCCUGCACCUUGAUCCACCACCGGAAGCCCCGAUGUCGCUCGAGACACGCGAGAUCCGCCGCAAGCUCUUCUGGGCUACGUUCGUCCACCACAAUGACUACGCCAUCUGCUUCGGCCGUCCGUCCGCCAUGUCGCUCAAGCAGGUCCACCAGCCGCUGCCCGACUUGCCCUCGUCCUCAACCGGCCCGGGCGCGUCGUGGCCGUUCGACAUCCGCAUCCACCGCAUCGGGCUCAAGGUUUGCUGGCUCAACUAUACGGGCGAGGGCCUCGGUCUCGAGAACGACGUCAAGCACGAGCGGGUCAGGAGACUUUGGCGGGAACUGCGAGAAUGGUACGACGAGCUUCCACCAGCCCUGCAAGACGAGCGCGACGUCGUUCCGAGCCCGGAAGUGCUUCAUCUUAUGUCGGUCUAUGUCACGCUCGUCAUCCUCCUCCUCAAGCCCUACUUCGCCAAGUCGUCCUCGAACGCCGACAUCUCGACGACAGCGGCCGAGGAGUGCUCUGCGGCGACACUGCGACUGGCAGGGCUCGUCGGGCGGUACGAGCGCGAGGGCCCGUCGAUGCGGUUCAGCAGCAAGAUGGCCCACCUUGGGGUCAUGUACGGCGGCGUCAUGGCGCUCAAGCUCGCGCAGAACGCGCUGCGGCCGUCGCCGAGCCCUUCCUCGAGCGCCGCCGAGCGCACGGACCCCUCCUCGACCUCGUCUUCCUCGUCUCAGCCUCUCUCGCCCGCACCCUCGCCUGCCGCCUCAGCAUCGACCUACCUCGCCGCAGCCGACACGCUCCUCGGCGGGCUCGUCUCGCACGCCCAAACCUGGCCGGCGACGUUCGCCUGCGUGACGGCCCUGUGCAGGCUGCGCGACUCGGUCCUCGCCCCACCCGCCGCCCACGACCUCGUCGUCGCGCCCGAGAUCCUGCCCCCGUCGCGCAACGCGUCGCACUCGUCGAUGGCGCCGCCGCCGAGCUCCUGGCUCGAGCCAGUACUCGACCCGCUCGGCCCGCCGCCGCUCCCGCACGUGCCGCCGCCGCCGCCGCCGCCGUUGUUCGGCACUUCGACGGCCGACGUCGCGCAGUCGGCGAUGCAGGGCAUGCCCGAGCUCGUCGGGCACGCGGGCGAGCAACCGCUGUGGAACACGGUCGCGGCCAUGGGAGAGGACGAGCUUGCCGGGUUCUGGGACGUGUGGGCGGCGGCUGGGAUCGACGGCACCGCGCUCCAGCAGCAGCAGCAGCAGCAGCAGCAGAGUUUCCAGCUCUCGAGCACCUUCGACGACGAGCCGCAGCCUCGAGAGCGUCGUCGAGCUGAGCGGGCCGGUCCGCGAGACUUGCAGAGAGACGGUCGAGACGACUAG